AUGGACGAUGAAGUGGACACACCAGAAGAGGAAGACCAGGACCCUAAUCUCUGCCCCAUCCAUGUCGCUGGUCCUGGAGAAUGGGAUUCAGCAACACUCCAGUCCCUGCUUAGCCACACAGCACUGGCACUCUCAGGAGGCCAAAAAUCCUGUCAAAUUUGGCACUCCUCUGCUGUGCCCGCCGCUCAUCCUCCUCCCUCUGCUGUGCCCGUCGCUCAUCCUCCUCCCUCUGCUGUGACCGCCGCUCAUCCUCCUCCCUCUGCUGUGCCCGCCGCUCAUCCUCCUCCCUCUGCUGUGCCCGCCGCUCAUCCUCCUCCCUCUGCUGUGCCCGCCGCUCAUCCUCCUCCCUCUGCUGUGCCCGCCGCUCAUCCUCCUCCCUCUGCUGUGUGCCCGCCGCUCAUCCUCGCUCAUCUCCUCCUCUGCUGUGCCCGCCGCUCAUCCUCCUCCCUCUGCUGUGCCCGCCGCUCAUCCUCCUCCCUCUGCUGUGCCCGCCGCAUCAUCCUCCUCCCUCUGCUGUGCCCGCCGCUCAUCCUCCUCCCUCUGCUGUGCCCGCCGCUCAUCCUCCUCCCUCUGCUGUGCCCGCCGCUCAUCCUCCUCCCUCUGCUGUGCCCGCCGCUCAUCCUCCUCCCUCUGCUGUGCCCGCCGCUCAUCCUCCUCCCUCUGCUGUGCCCGCCGCUCAUCCUCCUCCCUCUGCUGUGCCCGCCGCUCAUCCUCCUCCCUCUGCUGUGCCCCGCCGCUCAUCCUCCUCCCUCUGCUGUGCCCGCCGCUCAUCCUCCUCCCUCUGCUGUGCCCGCCGCUCAUCCUCCUCCCUCUGCUGUGCCCGCCGCUCAUCCUCCUCCCUCUGCUGUGCCCGCCGCUCAUCCUCCUCCCUCUGCUGUGCCCGCCGCUCAUCCUCCUCCCUCUGCUGUGCCCGCCGCUCACCUCAUCCUCCUCCCUCUGCUGUGCCCGCCGCUCAUCUCCUCCUCCCUCUGCUGUGCCCGCCGCUCAUCCUCCUCCCUCUGCUGUGCCCGCCGCUCAUCCUCCUCCCUCUGCUGUGCCCGCCGCUCAUCCUCCUCCCUCUGCUGUGCCCGCCGCUCAUCCUCCUCCCUCUGCUGUGCCCGCCGCUCAUCCUCCUCCCUCUGCUGUGCCCGCCGCUCAUCCUCCUCCCUCUGCUGUGCCCGCCGCUCAUCCUCCUCCCUCUGCUGUGCCCGCCGCUCAUCCUCCUCCCUCUGCUGUGCCCGCCGCUCAUCCUCCUCCCUCUGCUGUGCCCGCCGCUCAUCCUCCUCCCUCUGCUGUGCCCGCCGCUCAUCCUCCUCCCUCUGCUGUGCCCGCCGCUCAUCCUCCUCCCUCUGCUGUGCCCGCCGCUCAUCCUCCUCCCUCUGCUGUGCCCGCCGCUCAUCCUCCUCCCUCUGCUGUGCCCGCCGCUCAUCCUCCUCCCUCUGCUGUGCCCGCCGCUCAUCCUCCUCCCUCUGCUGUGCCCGCCGCUCAUCCUCCUCCCUCUGCUGUGCCCGCCGCUCAUCCUCCUCCCUCUGCUGUGCCCGCCGCUCAUCCUCCUCCUCUGCUGUGCCCGCCGCUCAUCCUCCUCCCUCUGCUGUGCCCGCCGCUCAUCCUCCUCCCUCUGCUGUGCCCGCCGCUCAUCCUCCUCCCUCUGCUGUGCCCGCCGCUCAUCCUCCUCCCUCUGCUGUGCCCGCCGCUCAUCCUCCUCCCUCUGCUGUGCCCGCCGCUCAUCCUCCUCCCUCUGCUGUGCCCGCCGCUCAUCCUCCUCCCUCUGCUGUGCCCGCCGCUCAUCCUCCUCCCUCUGCUGUGCCCGCCCUCAUCCUCCUCCUCUGCUGUGCCCGCCGCUCAUCCUCCUCCCUCUGCUGUGCCCGCCGCUCAUCCUCCUCCCUCUGCUGUGCCCGCCGCUCAUCUCCUCCUCCCUCUGCUGUGCCCGCCGCUCAUCCUCCUCCCUCUGCUGUGCCCGCCGCUCAUCCUCCUCCCUCUGCUGUGCCCGCCGCUCAUCCUCCUCCCUCUGCUGUGCCCCGCCGCUCAUCCUCCUCCCUCUGCUGUGCCCGCCGCUCAUCCUCCUCCCUCUGCUGUGCCCGCCGCCAUCCUCCUCCCUCUGCUGUGCCCGCCGCUCAUCCUCCUCCCUCUGCUGUGCCCGCCGCUCAUCCUCCUCCCUCUGCUGUGCCCGCCGCUCAUCCUCCUCCCUCUGCUGUGCCCGCCGCUCAUCCUCCUCCCUCUGCUGUGCCCGCCGCUCAUCCUCCUCCCUCUGCUGUGCCCGCCGCUCAUCCUCCUCCCUCUGCUGUGCCCGCCGCUCAUCCUCCUCCCUCUGCUGUGCCCGCCGCACAUCCUCCUCCCUCUGCUGUGCCCGCCGCUCAUCCUCCUCCCUCUGCUGUGCCCGCCGCUCAUCCUCCUCCCUCUGCUGUGCCCGCCGCUCAUCCUCCUCCCUCUGCUGUGCCCGCCGCUCAUCCUCCUCCCUCUGCUGUGCCCGCCGCUCAUCCUCCUCCCUCUGCUGUGCCCGCCGCUCAUCCUCCUCCCUCUGCUGUGCCCGCCGCUCAUCCUCCUCCCUCUGCUGUGCCCGCCGCUCAUCCUCCUCCCUCUGCUGUGCCCGCCGCUCAUCCUCCUCCCUCUGCUGUGCCCGCCACUCAUCCUCCUCCCUCUGCUGUGCCCGCCGCUCAUCCUCCUCCCUCUGCUGUGCCCGCCACUCAUCCUCCUCCCUCUGCUGUGCCCGCCACUCAUCCUCCUCCCUCUGCUGUGCCCGCCGCUCAUCCUCCUCCCUCUGCUGUGCCCGCCACUCAUCCUCCUCCCUCUGCUGUGCCCGCCGCUCAUCCUCCUCCCUCUGCUGUGCCCGCCGCUCAUCCUCCUCCCUCUGCUGUGCCCGCCGCUCAUCCUCCUCCCUCUGCAUCCUCAGAUCCUCCCUGUACAGCUCCACCAGCUCCCUCUCCCUCUUCCUCUUCCUUCCCGUUCCUCUCUGCUGCUCCGCCUCUGGCUCUUCCUCCUCCUGCUGCGGUUCCUGCUCUCUGGCCUGGCUUGGCCCUGGUCUGGCAUCAGGGAUGA